ACACAACGAAUCCAUCACUUGAACCACCAGUUUACGGCGCGCAGCGCGCCCUGUUGUUUCCAGUACCGGUACCCUGGUGAAUCCAACAACAUGCGACUAGAUUUUCGGCACUAGCGAGGUUGCUUGGUGGGCAAGAGGCCGCGAGUCACGCCUUCUAUGGUUCAGCGGCUACCCCGGGAUUGGGAAGUCUAUGCUAGCCACGCACUUGGUUCAGGAGCUCUCAUCACCGGAAAAGGAUCGCCGCGAGCUUCUUUAAAUCCCCUUCAAGUCGACAGUCCUCUAUGGGAUGUGUCACCACCAGAAGAAUUACUCAGCGAGCAUGGUCAUAUCGACGCUCAUCCAUCAGCUGCUCAGGCAGUAUCACACUCUCCAGGCCUUCGCUUACGAGACCGAUAAGCUGGAUUGCUUGGGGAGCAACAAGUCCAGCAUCAUGAAGGGAAAGCACAGGUCAGCAUCCAUACUCUGGCAUCUCCUGUUCGAGAUGAUCCAGAACUCCGGAAUGAACAUGAUAUACAUCAUCAUCGAUGCCCUGAACGAGUGCCAGGAAGGCUCGGCAAAUGAGCUCUCUCAGUGGAACACCAAGUAUCCCGGAACCUUUCUGCACAUGUCAGCACUAGACUUUGAUAACCAGAUCAACGGGGACAUCAAAAACUUUGUGCGCAUGGAGAUGAAGAGGAUACGGCGCCUCCGCGGCUAUUCCGGCUCGGAGGUGGAGCGCAUCGAGAAGCAGCUGGCCGAGAACGAGAGCAAGAACUUCCUCGCCGUCUCUCUGAUCUUCAAGCAACUCGAAAAGGUAGCGCCCUCCCAGCUCGAUGGCGUCCUUGAUGGGGUCUCCAAUGACCUCGGCGAAUUUUACCGCAGCCUGGUGUCGAAGCUUCCGGCACAUCUCCGGUCCGAGCCCUCUUCACUUGUGACCCGUGUCAUGUACAGCCGCCGGCCCUUCACGCUCGCAGAGCUAGCAUACGCGAUCGACGGACAACAGCGCGGAGCGGGGAGCCAAAAGGUGGUGGCCGAUGACGAUAUCUCCCGUGCGAGAUCUAGAAUCGAGAUGUUUUUCCCCGCCCUUAAGAUCCACCAAAACAACACACUGUCUUUUUUCCACUACACUAUCCGCGACUUCAUCCUCAAGCAAGCCUCAUUUGGCAGGACCAAUUUUUUCGUUUCGAGCGGCAAGACUGGCCAUCGAGACUUGGCCAUCCUCUGCCUGCGUGAGAUUAUCAUCCGAUGCGGCAUGGAGGUCGCGCCAUGUUACACGAGCCCUCGCCUCCAGGAGAGCGUCGUCUCCAGCCACACGUUCCUCUCCUACGCCAUACAUUUCUGGCAUAUGCACCUGAGAGAGGCGGUUCCGCCGGAUACCCCUGUCGACCAGAUCUAUAGUGAGGCGGUCGUGAGCGUGAAGGAUCUCGUAGAGCUCUGGAAGGACCCGAAGACCAAGAACUACCGCCAACUCAUGAUCUCGUGCUGCGGGCUCAAGACACUCGAGCAUCGGGACUCGGACCCCGUGCCCCUCGAGAUCCUCAGCGCCAUUGGCGCCGAACCUAUGCUGCGCCUGUACCUGAGAAAGUGCGAGGAAGCCGCCACCAUUCCGGUGGUACGCCCUUACGCCGCAAGGGUGAUCGGGGUGGCCAUCAAGGAGGGCAACGAGGACGUCCUGGCCACCCUCCUCGACGCGUUCGAGAUCAGCUCGCUCGAUGGUGAGGAGUACGCCACCGCCCUGCAGGAUUCGGCCUGGAGCGGCAAGCCCCGGAUCGUCGAGAGGGUGCGCAAGCUGCGCCGCAACCGCACCCGCCAGGUCAUCUCAGCCCUCAUUGCCGCCUUCAUCCAGGGCGAGCAGGCCAGCCUGGACCACCUGGCCGAGGACGGCUCCCUCUUCGUAGACCGCAACCACUUCGGCAUGACAGCGCUGCACGCACUCUUCGCCUACGAUAAGACCGACAGCAACCCCAUAGGCCAGCAGAAUUACGCCAAGGCCAUGGGCAUCGUCAGGGCCAUCGCCUCGUACUUGCUCCAGCACGGUUUCCUCGUCUCGCGCGGUGCUGAGCCCCACCACCAGAACAUCACAGGUCUCACCCCCCUGCACCUGGCGGCCUACCGCACGCGCAACGCCGACGCUAUCAAGUGUCUCCUUGAGCUCGGCGGCAGUAGCCUCAUCAGCAAGGUCUCGCACGGCGUGAUGACCCCGCUGCACUGGGCUAUGACACGCCGUAGCCCGGUGAUGGUUCUCCACGAUGGGUGGGAAGCCGAGUACACGUAUGAGAUCAUCAGGACGCUGCUGCGCGCCGGUGCAAACCCACUCGCGGUAAACCGCUGGGGCCUGACGGCGGUCGAGUACGCACGCAUGUGCCGGUACGACUGGCAGUGGAUCUUCGCCGGUCUAGACGGCGUCGACUACAUCAGCAUCACGUACUCUGCGAGCCCGCAGGAGCUCAUGUGGCAAGCCUGGCACCGCGUCGACGACGUGGUGGCGGUCAGCAUCGCGGCGAGGGGCCCGCGAAACCACGGGGCUCUCGAGAGCGCCGAAGGGGACCGCCAACAACAACAACAACAAUUACAGCCUAUCGGGCUUGUACAUGCCCUUGAGGUGGACGCGGUGAAUCUGGACGAAAUUUCCGAAGACGAAGCCAUACAGGGGCGCGUGGAGGUCCAGAUGCCACCGCUCAAUAUGACAGCCGCGCCGAGCGAGGUCAGGGUACAUGGCUUCUUCGGAAGCUACGACGCCGUCAUUAGGAGCCUGGCCAAGCUGCGCCGCAACCGCAGCGGGCUGGUAUACGGUAGUGGGGUGCAGCGGGACCUGCAGACGGGACAAUACGUUCUUGGCGUCUUCUCCGUCAUCUUCGUCUUCCGAGUUCUCCAGGACGGCGGUUUGGUGUCGCAGGAUAAUGUCCAGCUCGACGUUCAGCUAGUCAUGGCUAGGACAGAAGGUACCCCGCGGAAUAUUGUAAGAAACGUGGUCGCCUAUUCAGAAUUCGCUGGGCACCAGUACACCGGGAGCGACCUUUUCCGAAUCUUCAGCGCCGCGAUUGUAGAUAUCUGAUGUCCCUAUGCUCCUGAAUAUGGCUUCUGGCUUCUUGAGUCCUAACAUCUCUGCUUACGGAGCGUUCUGCACCCCUGAGCCAGGAUCGUAACAUUCUCCUCUCCCUAGCUAUUUUUUUCUUCAUUAUCUUCGGUAGUUGUUUUCAGUAACACGAGUAAAAGAGGAAAUCAGUUUGAAGUUUCCCAAUAUAAUAAGUUAUCGAUGUAUCUAUAUCAACUAGCUAGAGAAUUGAGAUCUAAUAUAGACGAUUGUUGGAAUGA